UUCUACAUCGUGUUCGCCGUGUCCUUCGGGUUUGACGACAAAAGCAGAAGGUGCCACCAACAUGACUAGUUGUCUAUGUGACGAAAGAUAUUGUGGUAGACAUGGAACAUGUUUUGUUGUCACGAGAGAAGGACAGCGGGCUGCUCAUUGUCAGUGUGAAUUCGGUUACACGGGUUCUCGAUGUCAGUAUCCUACUUAUUACAUCAUCACUGUCGUGGCAAUAGCUGUCUUGCUCAUUCUAUUGUGUCUCGUGGUCUUCCUGCAAAGAAUGAUCAAAUACAGACGAAUGAAACGAGCGAGAGAGAUGGAAGUGGAGGAAAUGGGACGCGUGUGGACAAUCGACGGAUCAGAGUUGAGGCUGAUCGAACGCAUCGACGGAGAGACGCCGGGAAGUUAUGGAAACGUUUAUCGAGCGCGGUAUCGGGACAUGAACGUGGCCGUGAAGAAACUAAAGAUGGUGAUGCGAGCAGGCAGGCAGGAGAGAGAAUUCGAACGCGAGAUCUUAUUGAUGCGUUCCAUUCGUCACGCCAACAUCGUGUUGUUUGUCGGUGCAGGAAGAUUUGCAGCAGACGAAUGUCCUUUCUUGGUGUUGGAGUUUAUGCAGCGGGGUGCUCUCAGUGCUAUUCUUCACGAUGAGUCGAUUUAUCUUGAUUACAUGCGACAGAUCACAUUCUGUUUAGAUGCAGCGAAAGGAAUGGAGUUUCUUCACAGUCUUCAACCUCCACGAAUCCAUCGUGAUUUGAAGAGUAGUAAUCUGUUAGUGAGCGAAGAAUGGACAGUAAAAGUAGCCGAUUUUGGUGCAGCCAGGCUAGUCAAGGCUCAAAGAGCUAGACAAACGGUAGCACGACGUCGCGCUAAUGCCUUUGAAGCAGAAGAUCUUACGACGCCACUUCUCCAACCACACAGCGAUCUGUCACGCAGUGUAGGUGCCGUUUUGUGGAGAGCACCGGAGAUAUUUUUAGAGGAAGCGUACGGGACAUCAGCAGACGUGUACAGUUAUGGUAUCGUAAUGUGGGAAAUUAUUUCCCGUCGUGUUCCAUACGAAGACCGAGAGUUCGAGUUUAUUGAAGACGUGAAGGAUACCGUCUUGUCUGGAGUUCGACCGACUCUUCCACAGAUUGACGCUCGAGCUAAUUACGUCGAUCUGAUGCGUCGAUGCUGGUCGGGUCAUCCUGACGAGAGACCAUCAUUUAGCGACAUCGUCGCUCGUUUACAGCAGAUGCGUUUUUAAGAGAUCGAUGAGACGAGCACGUGCAUGGAGAUGGAUGAAAGCAAACGCUUGAUGGCAAGAAAUUGCAGUUAGAACUCUGGACAACUGAAGUAGUUAAUUGUAGUAAUAAAAGAAAUUUGAAUGUCGUCAGUUCAAGUAUAACUUGCGCGCCAUAGUACGUUGCGUAAUGAAAACAUUUUAUCAUUGUUUGAUCUUAAUUAGUUGCACUUUUAUUGAAUAUCAGUGAAGAGCAGUUAAAACUUACACAAUCUGGAUAUAUCUAGAUGGCAUUCUAAAGUUUGAAUUAAAAGAA